GCGCUCGCCAUGGCUUCCUACCCACCAACUGACCUUCCAGAGGUGGUAUCACAACGACGCCUUCCCAGUCGACAGCGUUUCUUCGGCGACCUUUCUCAAUGCUUAUUCGACUUUGUCAUCCAACUAUUACCCACAGAGAGCGAAGUACAAGUCAAGGAGGAUGUUCGACGAUUACUGGAACGCCUUAUAAGGACGAUAGAACCAAGCAGUCGCUUACUAUCUUUCGGGAGCACUGCGAAUGGGUUCAGCCUACGAAACUCAGACAUGGACUUGUGCUGCUUGAUCGACUCGGAUGAGCGACUCUCCGCGUCUGAUCUGGUCACUAUGCUUGGUGACCUUCUUGAGCGUGAAACUAAAUUCCACGUCAAACCGCUACCCCAUGCCCGUAUUCCAAUCGUCAAACUCUCUCUCGACCCUUCGCCAGGGCUUCCUCUCGGUAUUGCUUGCGAUAUCGGCUUCGAAAAUCGACUGGCCUUGGAAAACACACGGCUCCUCAUGUGCUAUGCUAUGAUUGACCCAACCCGUGUUCGGACUUUGGUCCUUUUCCUCAAAGUCUGGAGUAAGCGGAGGAAAAUAAACUCCCCUUACAAGGGAACCUUGUCGUCAUAUGGAUAUGUCCUCCUCGUCAUCUACUUCCUCGUUCACGUCAAAAACCCUCCGGUGCUCCCCAAUUUACAGCAGAUGCCACCGCUACGCCCCAUAUCCAAGGAAGACACCCAUGUUGCUGGCUACAACACGUGGUUUUUUGACGACGUUGAACUCCUCCGCACACGUUGGCAUUCUGAAAACAAUGACAGCGUCGCUGAAUUAUUGGUUGAUUUCUUCCGUUACUUUGCGCGAGAUUUCAGCUACAACACCGGUGUUGCCUCAAUACGGGCGGGCUUCCUGAAAAAGGCUUCCAAAGGGUGGCAAAAUGAUUUAUCUUCGCGGUUCCACGACUCUCGUGAACGAAAUCGGCUUUGUAUUGAGGAUCCUUUCGAGCUCGACUUUAACGUUGGACGGUGCGUUAGCAAAGAUGGUAUCUAUACCAUUCGUGGAGAGUUUAUGAGGGCCUCCCGCAUUCUAGCUAAUCGGCCAGAACGGGCUGUGAUUGCCCUCGCUGAAUUAUGCGCGGAACGUGCGGAUGAAGAUCUCGUGACCGCACCGAACUACGGGGUCUCACGACCUCCACCUCAAACUCCUUAUACGGUUGGUAGUGGAAGUGCUAGACCAAAAGCCUCAGUCACACCAACAAUCUCAGCCCCAACACCAACAACACCAAAUACGUUUGAUGUCAACAAGACAGGACUUCCAGCUCUGCCUACGUCUGCCCAUAUGGCGGCGAAACGAAGCAAGUGGACAAGCCCCCCUCCUCCCGAUGCAUCAGAGGAUGCGCGGGAACAAUUCGAAACUAAUCUUGGUCAAGGACUUGAACUUGCCACCAGUUCUACUGGUGCGGCCAGGCAGCGAGACCGCGAAUCUUGGUCGUCAGAGAUUCAUAGCGAAUCAGCAUCAGAGGGCACAAGCGAGGUCUUUACUGACACUGAUACAAGUGUUAGUGACGCUGGCAGUGAUGUCGUUUCUGUUCGCUCGUACACCGAAGGGGUUGCCGUCGGAGAAACGGGAGGACACAGUGCAUGGCGUCGUCCUUCUUGGCACGUGACAAGACCCCCAAUCCUUGGAGUUGAAGUUUCCCCCCUUCCAGGACUUCCUGGACGUCUCACAGGUGCCCGUGGCCGGAAUCAACGAGACAGGGAGAGAACGGCAGCUGCCGUUGCCGUGAUCCCGACCUGGACGAUGGAUCCAAGUCCUUCGAGUUCACGUCGCUCGUCAUCCGGGCCCCCUCCCCCAAGAAGUGUUAUCUGGAGCUCACCUUCCAUUUCGACUACCCCAGUCACAUCUUUCCCUCCUUUACCCCCUUCUCCAGAUUCGCCACAUUCCCGACAUUCCCCCAUUGGACCACCACCGCCACAACACUAUUCUCGCUUUGACAAUCAACACACUGUAUUUUAUCAAACUUCGCCCCAUUCUAGUCCGCGGCCUAAUGCAUACCCCUCGACAAAUGGUUCUCCGUCUUCGUGUUAUCCGAACACAAGUCACUCACCGUCGUCGCGCGUUCCUCAAUACCCCACAUUCCUUGCCAGUAACGGGGCAUCUAUACCACAUGACGUUUUUCCAACAAACCAUCCACCAUUGAGUGUAACGCCUGGUCCGCCCAGAACUUCACCGACGAAUCCUCCGUCACCAUCCUGGACACGUGUUGUGUCACAACACGUGCAAACACAUUCGCGGUCUUCCUCAUCUGUUACCAAUGCGCCGACACCGAAACCUCACGCACAAUCUGUAUUUUCUGAGCAACAACAAUCAACACGUGUACAUGUACCAUCAUCAAGCUCGCCGCUGCAGUCCGAAACCACGAUCUAUGCGCCGGCUCCUACUCAUACCCCAUCCCCUCCGGCUCUAUCAAGUAGAUUUGGCCACGAUCCUCAUAGAGCAGCACGUGACCCACUUCCUGACAUUGCAUCGACUAGUCCUACGAGCUCCCCGACCCCGUCACUAUCAACGGGUUAUGAGACUUCCGUUUCGAUGUCUCCCUCGCCUUCGCCGCCUUUAGUCGCCGAAACCGCUGCAUCAACUCCCAAAUCACCGGAACCUGACUCAGCAACAUUCAACCUCUCUGACCACGCUCCCUGA